CAACCUGUGGACCACGCCCAGGGGUCUGUUCAAUAUGGCAACGACCGCAAUGGCGAGCAAGGUGGCUGUGGCUGCCAGCAGCGUGGCCCGGCCCUCUCGGGCGCUGCGGGCCGUUCCCCUGCGGGCCAGCCGUGCCGGCCGCCGGACUGUGAAGGUGCAGAGCGCCGUGGAGCUGGACUUCAACACCAAAGUCUGGCCCAAGGAGCUCGUCAACUUUGCCGAGAAGCAGGAGUACAUCAUCCGCGGCGGCCGCGACCAGUACUCCAAGCUGCCGGAGGCAUUCAAGGGCAUCAAGACCAUCGGCGUGAUUGGGUGGGGGUCGCAGGCGCCCGCGCAGGCCCAGAACCUGCGGGACUCCUUCAAGGAGGCGGGCAUGGACACCAAGGCGAGCUGCCGCUGUGGCUGCUAUGCCUGCUGUGCCUGCUGUGGCCGCUGUGGCCGCUGUGCCUGCUGUGGCUGUGGGGUGGCCAUCGGCCUGCGCCCCGACUCGCCGUCGUGCGAGGAGGCGCGGGCUGUGGGGUUCACCGAGGCCGACGGCACCCUGGGCGAGGUGUUUGACGUCAUCGCCAGCUCAGACAUGGUCAUCCUGCUCAUCUCCGACGCCGCGCAGGCCAAGCUUUACCCCCGCAUCCUGGCCGCCAUGAAGCCAGGCGCCACGCUCGGCCUCUCCCACGGCUUCCUGCUCGGCGUGAUGCAGAACGACGGCGUGGACUUCCGGCCCGACAUCAAUGUGGUGCUGGUGGCCCCCAAGGGCAUGGGCCCCUCGGUGCGCCGCCUGUACGAGCAGGGCAAGGAGGUGAACGGGGCGGGCAUCAACGCAUCCUUUGCUGUCCACCAGGAUGCCACUGGCACUGCUGCCGACGUGGCCAUCGGCUGGGCGGUGGCCGUGGGCGCGCCCUUUGCCUUCUGCACCACCCUGGAGAGCGAGUACAAGAGCGACAUUUACGGCGAGCGGGCGGUGCUGCUGGGCGCGGUGCACGGCAUAGUGGAGUCGCUGUUCCGCCGCUACGUGCGCCAGGGCAUGAGCGACAUUUACGGCGAGCGGUGCGUGAUCCUGGGCGGCGUGCACGGCGUGGUGGAGUCGCUGUUCCGCCGCUACACUCGGGAGGGCAUGAGCGACGAGGAUGCCUUCAAGAACAGCGUGGAGUCGAUCACGGGCCCCAUCACGCGCAUCAUCUCCCGCGACGGCAUGCUGGGAGUCUACAACCAGUUCAGUGACGCCGACAAGAAGGUGUUUGAGCAGGCCUACUCCGCCGCCUUUGGGCCCGCCAUGGACAUCUGCUACGAGAUCUACGAGGAUGUGGCGUGCGGCAACGAGAUUAAGAGCGUGGUCAACGCUGUGUCCCGCUUUGGCCGCUGGCCCAUGGGCAAGAUCGACCAGACCCACAUGUGGCAGGUGGGCCAGAAGGUGCGGGCGGAGCGCAAGGAGGACCAGAUCCCGCUCAACCCCUUCACCGCCGGCGUGUACAUCGCCACCAUGAUGGCCACCGUGCAGACGCUCCAGGAGAAGGGCCACCCCUACUCCGAGAUCUGCAAUGAGUCGAUCAUCGAGGCUGUGGACUCGCUCAACCCCUACAUGCACGCCCGCGGCGUCGCCUUCAUGGUCGACAACUGCUCAUACACCGCACGCCUCGGCUCCCGCAAGUGGGCCCCCCGCUUUGACUACGUUCUGGACCAGCAGGCGUAUGUGGCUGUGGAUGCCGGCAAGCAGGCGGAUGCGGAGGUCAUCCAGGCCUUCAAGUCCCACCCCGUCCACUCCGCCCUGGCUGCCUGCGCCGCCAUGCGCCCCUCUGUCGACAUCUCGGUCGGCGGCGACAACGACGACACGGGCGUGGGUGCGGGCGCCGCCCGUACCGACUUCCGCAGCGUGGCCGCCACCGUGGCGUGAGCUGGCGCCCCGGCUCUGGCGGCUGGGGAGCACGCAGCAGCUGGCCGCCGCAGCAGCUGGCAGCUGGCGGCGGCUUCUGCCGCAGGCUGGCCGCCGCCACGGCGCGAUCGCUGCAGCGGCUGUGGCGGCAGCCUGCGUCGCACGCUGAGCACGCGCGGUGUCUUCGCUGCCAGCCUCCUCUGCCUGCCUGCGUUUCCUUCACUUGACCUCGCUGGUUGGCUGGCCUGAUUGGGCGCAAGCCAAUGCAGGCGUCGCCCCUACCGUUCUCGUGUCAGUCCGCUGCUUCACGGCAUAUGCAGUUGGCUAUCCUGUGGGACCUUACAGACUCAUUGAAUCAAGGAUAGGCUCCUUCUUGAGCAGGGAAAGCAGGAGCAGGAGCAGCCAUUUGGCGAAGGAUCGGCAUGAGCCCCUUUCCUGGCCGCGGGCGAAGCAUUCGUUGGUUGGCAGUAUUCAAGGGUAUGCAGCGGUAUUUGGCUUCAGGUUUGUGGCAUGCGUGCAGUACCGGGGCAGUGCGGUGUAUUGGGUGAUUUACGCAGUCGGCAGUGCGGGAGGGAGGGAGGUGGCGGGAGGAGGAAAACUGCCCAAUUAGUGCGUGGUGUGAAAGGCAGAAACGAAAAUAGCUUGGGGAGCUAGGAAGGAGAAGGGUGGGGUUCAGUGCAGAAGAAUGCGAGACAAAAACAGAAUAAAUAUCAGCACUGGCAGCAGCGUGCGUGCUGCCGCCGCCCAAACAUUAAACAGCAGUGCGAUGGUUGACUAGGAAUGGACGCAGUCCAUCAGGCAGUGGCAUCAAUCGUCAUGUCAGCAGGGGAGGGCAGGGCAGCGGCAUGGCUGGGAGGGUGGAGGAAAGGGCACUAGCGAAAUGAAACAACGGUUGUAACCCGCACAACGUGCAGAACCAGUGAGGAGGGCUUGAAGCGCCUUCAGGCGCGCCAGGCGGCCUCUCCAAAAGGCUAGAGUGCCAGCUCAGGGCACAUCAGGUGCGGCCAAGCCCGCUGCUGCCGGCGGCAGCAGUUUGGGCUGCGUUGCCGCCAUGCCAGCGGGCCACAUGGCCUCAGUCGUCCUUGGCCAGAAACGCGCUGGGCUUGGGCGCCCAGAAAGGC